AUGACCUUCAUGCACCCAUCAGAUACUGGUCUGUACUGGUGUGAGUCCAUGUCUGGAUCCUCCAGCAGCAGCAUCCAGCUCUCUGUCUCUGGUGGAUCAGUGAUCCUGCAGAGUCCUGUCCUCCCUGUGAUGGAGGGAGAUGACGUCACUCUGAGCUGCAGAGCAAAGAAUCCAACCCACAACCUCCCAGCUGCUUUCUAUAAAGAUGGCUCCUUCAUUGGUGAUGGACCAUCAGGUCACAUGACCCUCCUCCAUGUUUCCAGCUCUGAUGAAGGCCUCUAUAAAUGUAAUGUCAAAGGUCAUGGAGAGUCUCCAUCCAGCAGGAUCUCUGUCAAAGAGAAACCUCCAACCACCUCUCCACCUUCCUCCUCCUCCUCUUCCUCAGAGAAACUCACCAACAUCUCUGACUCUACAGUCACACCUGGUCCAGGUUCUUCCUCCGUCUCUCUCCCAGUGUUGCUUCCCAGUGCAUCUUGUUGA